UUGUUUAUCCUUUUCAUGAGAACUGCAAAAUCUCAGAAACACCAACAAAUAGAGGGGAUUCUCCUUCUUCUUCUCCUCCGUUCGGAUUGGCUCGACUUCUCAGCGACGAUCGCCAACGCCGAUUUUCCCAGCGGGAAUCUGACAUAUUCUCGGGAAAAUUUUCCUGGUUUGUGGAAGAACCGCCCCAGAGCCAUGGACGAGACCUUCUUCGAUCUCAUGGAUUUUCUAAGGAACCCCUCUGUUACGGAGACAUUCGUCGACAUCUUGCUCUGCGCUGUCCCGAUUUGGCUGGCCGUCAUGAUCGGGCUCUUGAUCGGCUGGUCUUGGCGUCCUAGGUGGACCGGCUUGGUAUACCUAGGGUUCCGUUCCAAGCUCCGGUUCCUAUGGAUCGCUCCACCGGUUUUCGGAGCUCGUCAGCUCUGGCUCGCUUUCUCCGCUCUCUCGGCGUUCUCCGUCUGCCGAACCAUCUGGUCUCGUCUCCGCCCGAGUGCCGACAAAUCCGCCGCCGGUCCGACUCCGGCCUCCACAGAGGAGGCUCUCCCGAUCGACGGGACAGGACCAGUUCCGAGAAACGGCCAUGGGAGUAGGGAGGAGAAGCAGGAAGUGGUUGUGGAGAAUGAUUUGAAACAUCUUCUGAAUCUGCUUGAAGUGGGAAAUGCAGAAAGAGAAUGGCAAUACAUGAUGGAGAAAACCACCGGUAAUAUGAGCUACCAGGCCUGGCGCCAUGAGCCUGAGACGGGUCAUGUGGCGUACCGUAGCCGGACAGUCUUUGAGGACGCGACCCCGGAGAUUGUGAGGGAUUUCUUUUGGGACGACGAGUUUCGGCCGAAAUGGGAUCCUAUGCUUUCGUACUUCGAAUCUUUAGAGGAGGACCCUCGGUCCGGAACCAUGAUUGUUCGCUGGAUUAAAAAGUUUCCCUUUUUCUGCAGUAACCGAGAAUACAUCAUCGGUCGGAGAAUAUGGGAGGCGGGGAAGACGUAUUAUUGCGUGACCAAGGGUAUACCGUAUCCAGCCCUCCCGAAAAGGGAUAAGCCGAGGCGGAUCGAGCUUUACUUCUCGAGUUGGAUGAUAAGAGCAGUCGAAUCCCGGAAAGGGGAUGGAGAGCAAACGGCCUGCGAGGUCAUGCUCGUCCACUACGAGGACAUGGGGAUCCCAAAGGACGUGGCGAAGCUCGGGGUCCGUCACGGGAUGUGGGGAGCUGUCAAGAAGCUGAACUCGGGCCUACGAGCUUACCAGAACGCCAGAAAAACGGGCAGUCCUCUUUCCCAGUGCGCUCAAAUGGCGAGAAUCGCGACCAAACUCAGCGUGGAUUCGGUGGAAACGUCCUCGGGAGAAGAAGAGAAAACCCGAGACCUCGACGCGGCGAGGACGAGGAGACGGGACGAGGAAUCGAAGGUGGAAUGGAGAUGGAUCGUUAUAGGGGGCGUCGCUCUGGCCUGCGGCCUUCACUCGUCGGCCGUCGGUAAGGCGUUGCUAGCCGGAGCUGCUCAGAGACUUGCUCGUAGGUGAGAGACCGUGGGAGAGAAUAUUCUUCUGCCUUCUUUGAGAAUAUACGCACAUAUACAUAUAUAUGUAUAUGUAUUUAUGUACAAGAAGUUUAUAUUUCCGGAAACAUGUUGAAGGAGGGAGGGCGUUGUUGAGUUAAUGUGAUUGUAGUCUUUUAGCUAUUUGGAUCCAAUUUUGUUAUUGGAUCUUCUUCUUUUCUUUGUACAACUUUUCUAAGUCAACCAAAUAAAAAAUAUCAUUUCUCUUUGAA